AUGCUGCUCCACCGCUACGUGGUGUCCCGCCUCAUCUGGGCCUACAUGCUGUCCAUCGCCAUGACCUACUUCAUCACGCUGUGCCUCUUCCCGGGGCUGGAGUCAGAGAUCCACAACUGCACGCUGGGGGAGUGGCUCCCCAUCCUCAUCAUGGCCAUCUUCAACCUCUCCGACUUCGUUGGCAAGAUCCUGGCCGCCCUGCCCUACGACUGGAGAGGGACCCACCUCCUCAUCUACUCCUGCCUCCGCGUGGUCUUCAUCCCCCUCUUCAUCAUGUGCGUCUACCCCAACGGGAAGCCCACCUUCGGCCACCCCGCCUGGCCCUGCAUCUUCUCCCUCCUCAUGGGCAUCACCAAUGGCUAUUUUGGCAGCAUCCCCAUGAUCCUGGCCGCUGGGAAAGUGAGCCCCGAGCAGCGGGAGCUGGCAGGGAACACCAUGACCGUGUCCUACAUGACAGGCUUGACGUUGGGCUCGGCUGUGGCGUAUUUUGCCUACAGCCUCACCAGUACGUCCCACAGUAGCUGUUUCUACACCGAAAUCUCCAACGGCUCCUUCACGUUGGGGUACUGA